CGCCAGGAACUGCGCACUUUGGAGGUCCGACAUGGAGUGAGUCACCCUGCCAGACUGCUGGUAACACAUAAAGAACAAACCUAAACUUUUUAAACACCAACCGAAGCGUGAGAGUUUGUCAAGAAAAUCCAGGAGGACACUGGCGGGAGUUAAAAAUAAACGGGGCAGAGUGAGGGGACACACUCCUCUCAGUCUCUCUGGGCGAGUGGAGGUGAACACAUCGUGUACAGCGAGGAGGGAGAUGGAAAUCUGUCUGACUUUUAUUCUUCUCUCAUCCACACUCACACUCACAGCAGCUGACAGUGUGAGGUUGGUGAAUGGUGGAAGUCGCUGUGCUGGGAGAGUGGAGGUUCUUCAGGAAGGACGGUGGGGAACAGUGUGUGGUCAUUCGUGGGAUAUGGACGAUGCUGCAGUGGUGUGUAGAGAGCUGCGCUGUGGGGAGGCUGUAAAUGCACCACAAUACGCUCACUUUGGACCAGGAUCAGGACCAAUCUGGAUGGAUAAUGUACGCUGUAGAGGAUCAGAGUCGAAACUGAAGAACUGUGAAUCACGUGGGAGGGGGGAACAGUACUGUGGUCAUGGUCGUGAUGCUGGAGUCACCUGCUCAGGUCAGAAUUCGAGACUCACUGCUGGUCCUCACCGGUGCUCUGGGAGAGUGGAGGUGCUUCUUGGAGGUUCCUGGUCCACAGUGUGUGAUGCUGACUUUGACCAGCAGGAUGCAGAGGUUGUGUGUCGAGAGCUGGGCUGUGGGAUUCCUGUGGAGGUGCUGGGAUCAUCUGCUUUUGGCCGAGGGGAGGGUCAGGUGUGGACAGAGGAGCUUCAGUGUAGAGGAAAUGAAUCUGAGAUUUACUUCUGUCCAACAUCAUCUUCACUCAAACACUCAACCUGCUCCCAUUACAACGAUGUGGGAUUAAUAUGUUCUGGUCACACAGGGGCGCGGCUGGUGAACGGACCGGACUCCUGUUCUGGUCGAGUGGAGCUCCAGUACCUCAGUGACUGGGGCACAGUUUGUGCUGUAGGCUGGGAUAUGAGAGUUGCAGAUGUUCUCUGUGCACAGCUGGAUUGUGGGAGUGCUGUGGCUGUGCUGGAGGUGGACUGGUUUGGGGAGGGGAGUGGCCACAUCUGGGCUGAUGUGUUUGAUUGUCAGGGGAAGGAGACACACCUAUCACAAUGUGGCAUCUCAUCAUGGAGUCGAGCUGCAUGCUCUCAUAAACACGAUGCUGGAGUCGUCUGUAAUGGAUCAUCCGUGGCGUUUCAUGAGGGGCGAGUGCGGUUGUCUGGAGGGAGCGAGUGUCAGGGGGAGGUGGAGAUUUAUUUCAGGCAGGACUGGAGGAGAGUUCUCCUGGACUCGUGGAGUCUGUCUGAGGCGUCUGUGCUCUGCAGACAGCUGGGCUGUGGCUCCGUGCUGAACUACCGCUCCUCUCCAUCCACCACUGAACACAAACACAUGUGUGUAACGGGUUUCAGCUGCUCUGGGAGUGAAGCUCAUCUGGGGAACUGCAGCAGUGCACAAUCUGUCAACUGCAGCUCCGGGGAACAGCUGUACAUCACCUGCUCAGGCCCCAGCUCCAUCAGACUGGUCGGUUCUGGGGGAGACUGUGCAGGAAGGCUGGAGGUUUUCCACAGCGGCUCGUGGGGGACAGUGUGUGAUGACUCGUGGGAUAUUGAGGAUGCGCAGGUGGUGUGCAGACAGCUGCAGUGUGGAGUGGCCCUCAGUACACACAUACCAGCCUGGUUUGGUCCUGGAACUGGGUCCAUAUGGCUGAAUGAGGUGGAGUGUGAGGGGAACGAGACGUCCCUGUGGAACUGCAGAUUUCAGCUGUGUGAAGAGGGUGAAUGUGGACACCAGGAGGACGUAGGAGUCGUGUGCUCAGAGUUUAAAGAGAUACGACUCACGGAGGGCUGUGAGGGGAAUCUGGAAGUGUUCUACAAUGGAACCUGGGGUAAUGUGUGUCACAAUCAGAUGGAUGAGGAGACAGUAAACAUGGUGUGUCGAGAGCUGAACUGUGGAAGACGUGGCAGUGUGUCAAACACUGAAGCACGAGUAAAAUCUGCUCCUAACUGGCUGGAUUAUCUGAAGUGUAGGAAACACGACUCUAAUCUGUGGCAGUGUCCAUCUUCACCCUGGGGACAGAACAGAUGUGAUAAUGGUGAUGAGGUGGCUCGUAUUACCUGCACAGAUGAUGGAAAGUCUCUACGUACACAAGAAAAGUGCUCUUCAUUUCCCUCUCAGAAACACUGCUCAAAGCACUGGUCUCUCAGGCUGAGUGGAGGAGAGGGAAGCUGCUCUGGGAGGUUGGAGGUGUAUCAUAACGCUACGUGGGGCUCCGUUUGUGAUGAUCAGUGGAACAUCAGGAACGCUCAGGUGGUGUGCAGACAGCUGGGCUGUGGGUCGGCGCUGAGUGCUGAUAGGAAUGUUAGUUCUGGUCCUGGUGAAGGGACUAUCUGGCUGAACAGAGUGAAGUGUCGAGGGGAUGAGAUUCACCUGUGGGACUGUCAUCAUUCCCUGAAGAAACACACUGACUGCUCUCAUGCUGGAGUCACCUGUGCAGAUGUGUCCACUACUACACCCACCACCACCACCACCACCACAUCAGAAUACGAUGACGUGGACGAGAAACUUUAGGAAGACAGGGACCAUGUGACUGAGACACACCACCAAAGGCCUUUUCUCAGGAAAUUACAUUUCAACUUCUAUGGACUCAACAAAUGAUGUCAUUAUACUUACAAAAAAAUUCAUGCAUUCUGAACCAGGUUAUCUUUUUCUUCUUCUUGCUUAUCUUAUUAUUAACAAAUGGAUAUGAGAGAGGUAAAUCACUUCCAUUAUUACUUAACCAAAUGUGCUCUCCUUUCACAACACUUUUAGUGCUAUAAAUUAUAGUGAGCUUAAAUAUCACUCACACAGCUCACCUGAAAUUAUCUCAUCAAUUAUUCUAUAUAAUCAAACACCAAAAUGUCUAUAAUCUUACAUUUAAUCUUUGGAAACAGUUGAUAUUAUCAUUCUUGCUUAACCGGAACUUAUUCAUUGUAAUUUUUUUGCACGUGUGUCCUGCUAUCACAUUUAGCUAAUAUGUACAUUUACCUAAACUGUAAUAUGUUGCACAGUUAAGUUCACUUUGAGGAGACUGUACUCAGUAUCAUUUUGUACGUGACAAAUAAAGCUUGAAUCUUGAAUCUA